GAUAGACAGAAGCUCCUAUUCACUUUGCUCAGUGUAAUGUCCGCCACACUCACUGUAACUGACACGGUGCCCGUCUCUACCCCCCCUCUUCCGAGAUGGGAAGCACCGAAAGUAACUGAGACCGAGGUCGAAUGGGCCGAUAUACUUACGGUUGAUCUCUCACUGUACGACACGAAUAAGAGCGAACUGGUCAAGACUGUUGAGAAGGCUCUGAGUCGUGACGGUUUCUUCUACGUCGUUGGCCACGGCAUCUCACCAGAAACUCUGAAUCGCCAGUUCUCUAUUGGUCAGUUAACGUUUGACGGUGUGUCAAGAGAGGAGAAAGAGCAACACAGGGCUCCGAUCAAGGAAGAGGGCUCGUUUAUUGGCUACAAGCUACAAAACUACUGGGAGAUUAAGGAUGGUGUACGAGACAGAAUAGAGCAUUACAACUUUUACCUGGGCCAGAUAGACCCGACGAGUCGACACCCGAAGCCUUUACAGCCUUACGUUCCAGAAAUUAAGGCCUAUCUGAAUGAAACCCGGGAAAAGGUUUUGCGACGUAUCCUUAAUCUCAUCGACGGUGUUCUUGGUCUCGAAGAAGGUUACUUGUGGAAGCUCCACAAGGAUAGCGACGGGAACACUGGCCAUGACCUUCUGCGGUACAUGAUUUACGACCCUUUGACGAAUGACGAGUCUGCAAAGACAAACGGCGUGAUGCUGAACGGGCAUACGGAUUUCAACAGCAUUUCCACGCUCGUUUCCCAGCCUAUCACCGCACUCCAAGUCCUCAUGCCUGACAAUGUAUGGCGAUACGUGAAACACCGGGACAACGCACUUGUUAUUAAUAUUGGCGAUCAGCUGUCGUUCAUGAGCGGCGGUAUUCUUAAGGGAACAAUGCAUCGAGUCGUCAGUCCUCCCGAGGAUCAACGACACAACCGCAGGCUCGGUGUCUUCCAUUUUGCCCACUUCCUCAAUGACAUCCCUCUCGACCUGUUCCCAUCAAAGAAGGUGCACGAGGAGGGCCAUGUCAUUUUCCAUGAAAAAAUUCCCACCACUGACGGGUGGGAGACGGCCCGAAUCAAAAGCUACGGCACCGGUACGUUUAUCAAGGGGGAGGAGUAUGAUGUAGAACUUCUGGCAGGUAUCAGGAUCCGUCAUUAUCACUGAAUGGGCUGCUGCUGCUGCAAAGCGUACACCCGGUUAUCUUGUCCGAAGCAUAUAAGUGUAUCUAGAGCCUUGUACCUGUAUUUCUGUAUUAUCCUCAACAAGUUAUGAACAGUUCUUAUGCGAGA